CAGGGAUGGUUUGUCAUGUACCCGACUGAAAUACACGUGCCUCCUAAGUUUGCUGCAACAUAUUACACCCACAAAUUGCAAGAUGUCGUGUCGUCCUUAUGGUUUCGGAUGGAAGUGCAAGCAAACAAUGGCAGUCCAUUGAUUAUAAAGACAAAUAGAGGACAGAGGCUUUUCAGAAAGCAGACUGAGAGUAACCGUUUUCGUGUAACUGACAGUCAAGCAAGAUCUACCAUUUAUGAAAAUGUACCUUCAUUAAGAUCACGAGCCUUUUUUUGUCAGAGAUGGAAAUAGCACUAUUGCAGGUUUUCUGUCAACAGAUUUGCAAAACCAGGUAUCAUGGAGAAGCCUUCCUUCUACAAGAUUAUGACUGAGGAUUACACACAAAAAUUACAAAUCCCACACUCAUUUCUCAAGCAUUUCAAGGGUGUGUUACCCCGAGAGUGCAUCCUCAGGAGCCAUAUUGGGAAAUCCUGGAUCGUUAGAUUGGAAGAAGUCGACAAAUGUAUAUUUUUCUCUGACAGUUGGGGAAAUUUUGUACAAGAUCACUCUUUAGAGUGGGGAGACUUUAUUAUGUUUACGUAUGAGGGGAGUUUUGAAUUCCAUGUUAAUGUGUUUGAAAAAAGUGGCUGCGAAAUGGAUUAUGUUGUGGCUUCUGAAAAUAGAACAAGGAAAAUUUAUGAAAAUGUAUCGAAGGACUCGAACGUUCAGGGGGAUGAAUGCGCCGAAUCCAAUCUCAAUGGCAAAUCGCUUGUCCAAAUUGAAAUGGUGGAUGACUUCUCACAUGAAUUCUUGAAUAUUGUUCCGGCAUCUAAGAAGGAGCAAAUCCUCACACCAUCUUUGGUUUCUUGUAAGCAGAGAAACGGGAAUCCAACUAAUGAAGCUGCAAGUUCCAAAUUCAAUCUUAACAGCAAGACCCUAGUCAAUCAAGAAAUGGAGGAUUUGUUGCCACUUGAGAUAUUGGAUGUUGUUCCAGAACCUCACAAGCAGGAGAGAGUCAUCUCACAGUCUUUGGGUUCUUCUAAGCAGAGAAUCAAGAAUCCAACUAAUGAAGCUGCAAGUUCAUGUAAAGUAGCCCAAAAGAGAGACAACAGCACUGCUCAUAGAGACAAGCAACCAAAGGUGGAAGUCCUUCAAAAGGAAAAAGCUCACAGUUCCAGAAAUCUUUCUUUCUCGGUGAAACUGCGACCAUCUUAUGUUACUCCUCGAGCCUAUAUGUAUGUUCCUCGUGAGUUUUCUAGAUCAUAUUUCACACAAGUGGACGACGAGGUGGUACUCCUAGUUUCGGGUGGGAAGGUUAGCAAAAGAUGGGUUGUGAACUAUAUCAGCAGUAGCAGUAUAUUCUCUGGUGGUUGGCGCACAUUCGUGCGAGAAAAUCAUUUGAAGGUUGAUGAUGUUUGUUCAUUUGAGCCUGUUCCGGGGAUGGUUAACACUCUGAAUGUUGUCAUACACCGGAAAAGCUAAGGUGCCGAAGCAAAAAAAACAAAGGCCUAGAGCCAGUUGUGUGGCAGUGUGUGAUAUGUAGAUGUUAGGAGUUCAAAUAUAUAUGUCAGUAGAAUCAAAGUGACCUUGGUCUUGGUCUUGGUCUGCAUAGUGGUAGUUUUUCCUUUGUUGAAUUUCUCAUAAGUAUGUAUAUACAUAUUACUGUGAAUUUAAUCUUUUAGUUUUG